CCAAUAUUGGCGGGAGGUAGUAGCGCUCUAUAAGUAGGUUACACUUAUAUGUAUAGAUACGAUACCUUUGUUUGAGCAGACCUUAUAUAGUUGAUUACAUUGGCUGUAACGAAUCUAACGGGACAACACUUCUACCAGUAUCCGGAGGAGCCAAUUACAGAAUAACAGCCAACGAUGGGCUAUGACGUCGACAGGUUUGUUGUUCAAGUCAAUGACGGUCUGCUUUGCUGCAUUUGUCGCGAUGUGUUAGAAGAUCCAGUCCAGGCUCCGUGUGAACAUGCGUUCUGUCGCACCUGUAUAGAAGGAUGGCUUGUCGAAAACACGCGCUGCCCAGAAGACAGGAAACCGUUGUCGCUGUCGGCGCUCAAAUCUCUAUUCCGUUACAUGAGGAACGACCUGAACAAGCUGCAACUGAAAUGUUGCAAUCAUUUCCUGGGCUGUACGCAUGUUGGCGAUUUAGAAUUCAUGCAUACGCACGAAUCUGAUUGUCCACUCGGAACGGUAGCCUGUCCAAAUGACAAAUGUAACCUGAUGGUCACGCGGAAGGAUUUAAUUGAUCAUUUGGAAACUUGUGAGUUCCGGUCAAAAGAGUGUCCUACUGGGUGUGGUAUGUUGAUUGUCUCGCCGGAACACGAUGAUCACAAUUGCAUCGCUGAACUCCGAACCGCUUACGACGUUCUUCGGUCGGAAAUGACGUGUAAGAUUCAGGAACAGCGACACGAGAUGGAACUUCGUCUAAACAUGCAGCGUGAACACAUGGUUCAGAAAGAGUCCACAAUACAGUGCCAAGUUGAUGAACUUAAGUCGGAACUGUCCCGGAUGACACAGAAGAUGAAACUCCUGAUGGAUUUGGAGAUUCAGAGAAGGCAGGACACCGAGAAACUAGAAUUGGAGAAAAAAGAACUUAUGGAGCUGCUUAAGGGUCAGGCCCUAGAUGGCGGGGCAAGCAGGGGUCAACAGGCUGGGUCCAGUCGCACGCACUUCCCGCCAUCUCUCAAGGGCAAGGUCACGACAAUAUGACUGCCGAUAAGAAAAUAAUUGCUGCAAUCCGGCGUCGUAGGUAAAGAAAAAUACAAAGAAAGGAAAUGAGUACUAGUGUGUAGGGCCAUGACUAACUGACAAGGGUAGACUGGCCCUCAUCUCUACAAUAUCAAAUUAUUUGAUCUCUUGGAUGAAAUACAAGGGGAGUAUUUAUCUAUUAGAAAAAACUUAGUAGCCAGAUGCAAGACACUGUAGUACACUGAGCUAAGGGACAUAACUCUUCCGUCCAGUACAGAUCUUUGUUUGUCAAUUUAAAUUUAAAAGACGUAUGCCUUAGUGAAUUAUUGAUGGGUGCAUUUGCUAUGUAUCUUUUUUUAAUUGACUUUUUCUGCAUAAUGCCAAGGUUUUUAGUUUUGAAUGUCGAUCAUUUGUUUCCCCUGUGAUGUAUCUAAAUUCAAGAUAUAUAUUCAACUCCUCACCUAUAUAUUGAGUUAUGUUGAAAAACAUGUAUUUCAUUAUAAGUCAUAUAACAAUAUGUAUAUAUUGUUUCAUACACCAAGUAAUUAAUAUCAGAUAUAAAGG